AUGACAGAGCAGACGUCACAGAGCAGACGUCACAGAGCAGACAUCACAGAGCAGACAUCACUGACAUCACAGAGCAGACAUCACAGAGCAGACGUCAGAGCAGACAUCACAGAGCAGACAUCACAGAGCAGACGUCAGAGCAGACGUCAGAGCAGACGUCACAGAGCAGACGUCAGAGCAGACAUCACAGAGCAGACAGCAGACAUCACUGACGUCACAGAGCAGACAUCACUGACAUCACAGAGCAGACAUCACUGGCAUCACAGAGCAGACAUCAGAGCAGACAUCACAGAGCAGACAUCACUGACAUCACAGAGCAGACAUCACAGAGCAGACAUCACUGACAUCACAGAGCAGACAUCACAGAGCAGACGUCAGAGCAGACAUCACAGAGCAGACGUCACAGAGCAGACGUCAGAGCAGACAUCACAGAACAGACGUCAGAGCAGACGUCACAGAGCAGACAUCACUGACAUCACAGAGCAGACGUCACAGAGCAGACAUCACUGA